UCUCCUGAAUUCUAUCUUUGGACAAUGCUGUGAAAAUUCUCUAUAGAGUGUUGCUUGUUCAAGGACAAUUAGACAAUCAGAAUGUCAGGAAAAGCCUACGAGAACAGCAAAACUUGUUUUGGUUAUAGUACGUGGUACUAUGAAUGGUUAGGGUUACAGUCUGAGGGGGCACGUUCCGCAAGUUGUUUUACACACUCGUAGGCGGGUGGUCCUGGCCAGUGAAAGAAACGCACCCAGCAGCCAGAGGCGCCUUGGUAUCCCUCCCCCUGCUCGCCCCCCUCCCCGCUUUUCCCCAUCUUCCCAGUUUGGCUCUCUCCGUGUGUGCGUGCGCGUUUUCAGGAUUUGGGCUAAAGAGUCCGACGAAGUUUUGGAGGAGAAGAAGCAGGAUACGUGUCGCUUUGGAGGUGAAAUGUUGCAGCUCCACUAAAUGGUGGCGCGGUGCCCAGUUGGCGGGCCCAGGAGGCUCCUGGUCAUCUUGAUAUGGGCGUGGCUUCAUGGAUACGUUGUUGGGUGCGAGUGGUCCAAGUGCGGGUCCGUGUUGACCGAGUCCGAGGGCUGGCUGACGUCUCCGUGUUACCCGCGCAAGUACGGGAAUUCCCAAAUUUGCCAGUGGAGCCUGCGAGCGCCGCUGGGCUUCGUGGUACAGAUUUCGGUUGAGGACUUUGAGCUGGAGGAGGCGCCGGGAUGCAUCUACGACCGUCUGACUGUCGCCACGGGCAAUAGAGAGGUCAAGUUCUGCGGUCUGACGGCUGCCGGCCUGGUGCUCAACUCCAGCGAGAAUGCAAUGGACCUGGAAUUCACUUCUGACUUCAGCGUUCAGAAACGAGGCUUCCGGAUCAGCUUCAGACACGUUGCUGUGGCAUUGAGAAAUCAGAAGGUGACUCUCACCAACAAUGUGGUGGCAGCUAAAGUGUCAUCUUCUGUUGCCAUGCCGACACUGCAUGACCUGACGCUCUGCUUGGAGAUGGAACGCAAUGGAGCCCCUCAACAGGCGGAGUGGAUCUUCGUGUACACUAACGCUGAUGGAGACAUGGCGUUGGCACUGGGUGCAGACGCUAGCGGACGCGUUAAAAUGGUGGUGGCAGGCACGACAUGCUCGCUGGACUCUAUUCUGACGGCGGGUGAUUGGACGUCCUCCAUGAGCAGCUUGUGCGUCCUGUGGGCAUCUUCCAGCGGCCGUGUGGGCGUCUACUUCAAUGGCAACCACUGGGCCAAGACCUGCUCGGAUUCCAACGGGCGCUCUGUGCUGGGUGGCGGCACCUUUCGCCUGGGAGGACCUAGCAACUUUUUGGGCAGCGUGUACAACGUUCGCCUUUGGGACUACGCCAUGACUGUGCAGCAGCUCAACGUGCUCACCUGCCAACUGGCAGGAAACGUCAUCGACUGGGACAAAAACUUCUGGGAUGUACCUCCCGACCUAGCUCAGACGGACACCAGCCUAAGCUGCAGUGUAUCCCCAGCCACCAAUGGCUUCCUCCACAGCAACUGCGACUCCACCCACCUGGGAUGUCCAGCCGCUUCCUCUCCCGCUGACUCCACUAACACCAUCCAUGCUACUAAUGCAACACACACACACGUCCAUCUGAUCACAGCCUCUCCACCCACCCGCAUGCCUCUAACCCCCACCAGUACCAACAAUCUCACCAGAACCAGUAGCAGUACCAACAGGUGGUCCCUUGCUCAGCAGACGCAGCGCCACAUACUGGCAGCCAUCACUAACAACACCCUCACUAACCCACCAAGGCCUGAGGCCUUGUUCUACAGACUGGCUGUGGUGGUGCAUGAUGGGAGCUCGACCCUAACUCGAGCUGCCGUGGAGGAAGCAGUGGCCUUCUGGCUCAACGAGACAUUCCACAAUUGGACUCACGCCGCCUCAGUGGACUCACUCAACAUCCAGCCUGCUGCUCACUCAAGUUUCCUGUGCCGUGCCCUGCUGCGCCACCAUGACAUCACUGAUGACAUCACAGAUCUACCUGGGGAGGUCCGUGACAGAAUCUCUAGUGGCGACACUCGCAUUGGUGCCGGUCUCGAGCUCUACUCGCACUCUAUACGCAUCAACGCCUUGGAGAACUGUCCAGAAGAAGACACGGUUCACUACCGCUGGCCUGAGACUCCGCCCAGUGUAGCCUACCUUCUGCCGUGUUUCCCCAACAAGGAGAAGAGCGUCACACGCAGCUGCAUGAUCGACCUUCACAACUUUUCAUCCUUCUGGUCAUCCGCUGACUUCAGCAACUGCACCGACAUUGAUGCCAUCCAAGUGUCGGCAGAGAAUGCGGCCGAAGUAGCUGUGCAGCUUGCCGCAAUCACCGACAACCAACUGUCCCGGGAAGAGGUGUCAAAAGUGGUGGGCAAAGUGCAGCAACUGGUGGACGUGGCCAACAUCAACACCAGCUUGGCUUCCACUGUGGUCACCAUCAUCUCCAACGUGAUGAGCAGCCCCCACAGCACCCUGGCACCCACCUCAGACAGGGCGUUAAGGGCGGUGGAUCAUCUAAUGGACAAGUUGCAGUUUGAAGGCUCCAGUGUGAGCAUCAGGUCCAAACAUCUGGCUUUAGGUGUGUCAGCCUUUGACACGGCUGCCUUUAACGGGACCUCUUUCAGCGCCUUCAUCCCGUCAAAUGCCACCGACCCUCAGAUUGACUUCCAGUCAGAGCGAAUCAAUUCGCUGGCGCAAGUGACGCUCCCGUCAUCACUGCUGUUGGGGGUGAAGCCGUCGUUGCCGAUCCGUAUCAACUUCCUUUUCUUCAGCACCACCAGCCUCUUCCAGCUGGAGCAGGAGGGCCGCACGCUCAUCAGUUAUGUGGUGGCGAGCAGUGUUGGAAACCGCAGUAUCAGCAAUCUGCAGGAUCCUGUGGAGAUCCACAUCAGUCACUUGUCACCUCAAACCAUCCUCAGUCCAGUCUGCGUGUUUUGGGACUUCAGCAUGAAUGGUGGUGCUGGAGGUUGGAAUGACGACGGCUGCCGGGUGGCUGAAAAAUCUGACCUUGAUAAAACUGUUUGCCUGUGCGAUCACCUAACUCACUUUGGCAUCCUGAUGGACAUUUCAGGAGUGUCACCGCACAUCGACCGGCGUAACAACCGCAUCCUGACUUUCAUCACCUUCAUAGGCUGCGGAGUGUCGGCCAUCUUCGCAGCUGUCACGCUGCUCACCUACAUCGCUUUUGAGAAGCUACGUCGAGAUUACCCAUCCAAGAUCCUGAUGAAUUUGAGUGCGUCGCUGCUGCUCCUCAACAUGAGCUUCCUGCUUAAUGGCUGGUUGUCCUGGCAACGCGGCGAAGCACUGUGCCUGGCGGCGGCUGCGCUGCUUCACUACUUCCUUUUGACGUCGUUCACGUGGAUGGGCCUGGAGUCGGUGCACAUGUACAUCGCGCUGGUGAAAGUGUUCAACACAUACGUGCACCGAUACAUCCUCAAGUUCUGCCUGGUGGGCUGGGGUAUCCCCGGCGUGCUGGUGGGAUUGGUCCUGGUGGUGGAUAAAGGCUCAUAUGGACGCCAGGAGUAUGGUGGUGGCAAUUUCGGUGAAGGAUCGUCACAGUUCUGCUGGAUCCGAAGCGCUUUGGUGUUCUACGCGACGUGCGUGGCCUACUUCUGUCUUGUCUUCCUGCUCAACGUGGCCAUGUUUGUAGUGGUCAUGCUGCAGAUCUGCGGACGCAACGGCAAGCGCGGAAACCGCACACUGCGGGAAGAGGUGAUCCGUAACCUUCGCAGCGUGGUCAGCUUGACCUUCCUGCUUGGGAUGACCUGGGCCUUCGCAUUCUUCGCCUGGGGGCCAGUCAGCCUCGUUUUCGUCUAUCUCUUCGCCAUCUUCAACUCUCUACAAGGAUUCUUCAUCUUCUUCUUCCACUGCGCUCUCAAAGAGAACGUUCAGAAGCAGUGGAGACGCUCGCUUUGCUGCACUCGCUUCAGACUUUCGGACAACUCCGACUGGAGUAAAACGCCGACCAACAACACCAAAAAGGCGACUUCGGAGCAGGCUGUCCAAUCCUUGUCGUCAGGCUCAUUUGGCUCCGGCGCUCCCCAUUGGACCUCCAAAGUCAGACUGACACCUUUCACUAAUGCAGAAAAACCAAGUCAGACCAGGCGUUUUUCCCCAAAGGUGGCGUCCAUCUCCUCGUCGUCCGUCCUCCCCGUCAGCCAGAUGAUUGACAAGGUCAAAGGUUACUGCUCCACGCGCUCUGAUGGCUUCUAAAAGAAUAUCACCGAUCAAGAGCUAAGCCUCAUCCCCCAACACCCUGUUCAGGACUGCAAGACACAGAGAGAACGUCAUCAUGGCGUGGCCCGUAGAAAAAUUCAUUGUGAAUGUAUAGUGACUGGUUGCCUAAUGGUCACCAGGUGGUCCUUGCUUGGUUCCCCCCUGUUCAUCGCAUGGUUGACGGGUGGAUGCUGACGUUCCUUCCCGUAAACGAAAGACGGGAAUAUCAACCAUGGAGAGAGUAAUUCUUCAGAACUAUUUGAUGUUUUUAUCAGUGUUGAUCCAGUGGAAUUGAUUCCAUUUUCAUGCAAUCACUUUGCCUGACAAUCCCAAACAACAGCUGACACCGUCAGAGUCCCUCCAAAGGGGAUCCAUGUGACCUUGGACAAUUUCUACCAUCUUCCUUACAGUGCUGAGUCAUACAUAGUGUUUAGGGCAAGAACUGUUUGGAUCAUCACAUUGGAUAUGUAGAACUUUAAGCAGAAGCUUGAACUGUAACAACUUGUCAUGACUGAUAAUUUAACUUCAAAGUGCACGUACUUUAAAUCUAGCCUCUGACACAAGGCAUUUCAGUGAAUUGAUGUCUCAGUCUUCACAGUACAGGAUGAUAUGCAAAAGAGGCCUUACCGUGCUCCCUCCUUUCAACUCUUGACUACAUGUACAAAAGAAAUUCCUUAAACUGUGUCAUAAGUGUGUGAACAAAGUGUGCCUCAAGUUAGGUUCAAGGAGAAGGGGAUGUACAAACAUGUACAAAUAACAAAUCUAUUACCCAUUAGUUAAUUCUAGUUUAUUUACAAAUAUCCAGAGCCAUCCUUACUAAUUUACACACGUGUGUGUGUGUGUGUGUGUGUGUUACAAGGUAGCGAUUCAUGUACUCUCUGUGGAUAGGAUUUUCCAACUCCGUUCAAGAGAAUUGGAAGGGACCUAUGCAAAAAUCAACCAGCAGAGUGCAGUAUAGCAGAAGGGUCAUGGGUCAGGCCCUUACAGCGCUGGUAUAGGGUUAGCACUGUUCAGCAAUCAUCAUUUUUUAAAUUUGCCUUAGGGUUAGGUAAGGGAAAUCAACUCCUCACCAGCAAGGGUUGCACUGUCCUCUGCCGCAAAACUGUUGGCAAGAUAGCAUGCCAUGGUCCUUAUAUGUCUCCGAAUUACAAGAGAAUGACGAGCCUAGCUUGUCAAACAUUGUGAGAACCUGUAUGGUAUGAUUGGCCACCACUGAGCUCCGAUGCGUAACUCUCGCUCAGGUGUAAAUGGACCCAGUCUUUGAAGUUCCACCACAAUUUUUGCUUUUGACCAGAGGUCCCUGAAUUUGUUGGCUGGCAAAUAACAGAACUUAUCUGCCAAGAAAUGGAACUUCUCAGACAUGAAACCCUGUAAUAAACACUCAACAAAAAAGUUGUAUUUUUCAUCACUCAGGUCAGAUUGGACAAAUGUGUUUUCUCCUCGAUUAACUACAUUUCAACUGAUCUUUAUCGUGUUCGAGUUAGGCGAGGAAAUGCACUCCUGGACAUCGCCGGGAGAAGUAAAUGGACAGGCCAUCAAGCUCUGGAGAUGUGAGCCAAGAUCCGGGUGUCCCUUUUGUUUUGAAUGUUGUUGAAGUUGUCCUUUAAUUAGGUUUUCAAUAAAUUUUGCAUAUAUUCC